UAGCACAUGCACUUUUGUCCACGAUUAUCAGUCUGCUCUAACCGGAACCUUUAUUCCGAUACAAACGUUCCGCCCGGAAGUGUUAUUCCUCCGUACGUGCUAAAAGCUGCUAGCGGAAGAUAAACAGAAAUCGAGUUGACCAUGGCGGAGACUCACAGCUUGCAGGACAUGAGGCAACAGGCAGCCGUCGCUGCCAAAGUCUUCAUUCAGAGAGAUUAUACCAACGGCACCGUGUGCCAGUUCCAAACCAAGUUCCCGUCUGAGAUGGAGACCAGGAUUGACAAACAGCAGUUUGAGGAGACGGUGCGGACACUAAAUAACCUGUAUGCUGAAGCGGAGAAGCUGGGAAGCCAGUCAUAUAUCGAAGGUUGUCUGGCCUGCCUCACAGCGUACACCGUCUUCCUGUGUAUGGAGACUCACUAUGAGAAGGUUUUGAAGAAGAUUGCAAAGUACAUUCAGGAGCAGAAUGACAAGAUCUACGCACCGCGAGGCCUUCUGCUCACUGACCCCAUCGAGAGAGGCCUGCGAGUCAUUGAAGUCACCAUCUUUGAAGACAGAAGCCUGACGAGAUAAAAGCUGCCGCGCAGCUGUCCGGUUGAACGGAGCUACAGGGGGCGUGCAGCAGCCCCAGCACCAGAACCCAGCACCGCCCUCCAGGGGACCACCCAGACCUGCACCCCUUAAUACUGCGUCUCCACAAUCUAUCCCCGUCCACUUACUAUUAUGUGCAUGUCCCAUGUAGAGUAUACUUUAUGACCAAGUUUGAGAUUUCAUACGCACACAACACUUAUUCAGCUGUAAUUGUGUUAUAAUUUGUUUCCCCUUUAAUCAGAUCAGGGUUGAAUCUGUUUUAUGGCUUGUAGUUUGUUGUGGAAGUGGAGCGACUGACACAUGAUUUGAUUGACUCUCUAAUGAUCCUUACUGUUGGACUAAAAUCGCCUUUUUGGAAUGAUGAACUUUUCUAUAUGUAUAUUUUUCUUUUUCCGACACUCCUCUUUGAAUAAUGAAGUCUGCACACAGGGUAACUUAUUUUUAUGAAGGACUGUAGAUCUUUAGGUGGUUGUCUUGGCCAAACUGAGGGUAUAACUUAUUAAAAUAAAACAGAUAACCCUAGUUAUUAGUGUGAUUUGCUGCAUGUGCCACUCCUCAGUUUGUUUGCUUUAUUCUUAUUUAUGUAUUCUCGCAAAGGUGCGUGCUAGUUUAUCGCCUUUCCUGCAUGUUUGCUUUGUAGUGUCUGACCUUUAAAGUUGAACCUCGUCAGGAUCCAAACAUUCCAGUCAGACUGUCAAGAGUCCGAUCCAUCUUUGAUUUAAAAGAUUCUCUCUGACAAACCAAAAGUUGUGCUCGCUCUGUAUUUAGCAUGUAAUAUUGUUAAUGCUAGUUCUCAUGUCAGGCUUUUUUGGGGUUGUUCUUCAUGAACUGUGCCAUGCACGGUGUUCGGUGACUACUGUUGAUUUCUGACUCAUGUCUAAUAAGCAUUUAUUCAUAUAUUGUGAGACUGCCUUUGACUGAAGUAUUAAAAGUGCUCUUGUUAGUUGACAGUGCCUGUAAUGGCUUUGAAUGUUGCCUUUGUUAAAGUCUGAAGGCCCGAUUACAUCAGGAUCUACAUCAGGAUCACGGUGCUGUCCGAUGGACAGUCUACCUGUCAGCGCUGAGCUUUAAGGGUACAGGGUCCAAAAUGGAGGAAGCUACUAUAUCUCAUUAGCUGUGGUUCUGCAUUCACUUUUGUUUAACCUCCUCUGUCUGAGUAUUGGCUGCUCCACAAAAGAGACAAUGCAGACACUUAAAAGAUUUGUCAUAAAGAAGCACAGAUUAAUUGAGCCACUUCCUGGUGUGACCGGGCCUUAACUGUGAAGUCACAUCUCGGUGUUGUUCACUUUUUGCUAACAGGCAUCUAAAACCUAAGAUUAUCAUAUACUGUUUAUUGAAACGCAGGUUGAACAUACUGUAGUGUUUAUGGCUAAGAAUGUUUAAUUAUGAAAUAAUUGCAUAUACAAGUAUAGAUUUUUGAAUGCCAUAGCUUAAAGAUCAACGAUGAUCGUGAUUUCUAAUGAUGUAAAUAAUGUUUCAUUAAUCAUUUUUGAUUUUGCUCAUAUGUUAUCGAUCUGCUGUUCAGUUAACUGAACUUUUAUAUGUUUCUUUUUUCAGUUGAAAUCUGAUGUUUUAUGAAUCUAAUACCGGUAUGCUAAUAAAUGAAAUGUACAUAUUUUA